CUGGUGAAAGCUAUCAACCGGUACCAAAAGACAGCUGAUCUCUCGCUCUAGAUAUUUUUAAGUCGCUGGCUGCCGACUCCUCUCUUAUUCUCUUCCUCUCAUCUCUCUCGCUACCUUAUCCUUUGGAGCCCGAGCCCGGAGCUCGCACUGGGCGUGGGGCGGCACAAGGACCCCGGGCCGCUGACCAUCCUGUACCAGGACGACGUUGGCGGGCUCAACGUCCGGCGGCCCUCCGGCGGCGAGUGGGCCCAUGUCAAGUUCGUCCCCGGCUCCUUCAUCAUCAACGUCGGCUCCUUCCUUCGGCCGCGUGGGGCCCCUAGAUCCGGCGCGGGUCUCCUACUUCAGCGCCGGCGCGGCGGUCACCACGGGCUUGUGCGCAAGAGAAAAUUUCGAGGGGUUUAACCCGGUCGGCCACCUGGACCGAGAUCGCGACGCCAUGAGCGAGGUCUUCGAGGGCUACGAGCGCCAGUACUGCGAGGCAUCCGUCUCCCUCACCCGUAAAUGCACCGCCGCUGUGGCCCUCCAAGGAGAGAAGCUGAAGCAGAAGGCGGCGGAGAUCAAAUCCGGCAUCGAUGGAGCCGAGGCACUGGUAUUCCCUUCUCCCUUGUUUUGUUUUUUGUCUCAAGGAAAGAUCCUUCUUAGAACCAUAAUUUGCAUCGACCAUAAUCAUCAUGUAAAUUUUCUUCUUAGGAUCAGGCUAGGCAGUGUGCCAACACGGGUUUUCUUUUCUGGUGCCAUAUAUGCAUAAUUCGAUGUUCUGGAAUAGCAGUAGCAGUAAUAUCAGUUUUUUUCAGAUAAGAAAGAUGGAUCUUGAAGCAAGGAACCUCCAACCAAGCGUUAGAGCAGGCCGCCAACUUGGGUGAUUUUUUUCUUUUUUUUCUUACUUUUUUGAAAUAGAGAUGCACGUGGAAUUGUAUGGAUUGUAUCUAUCUUAUGAGAUUGUAUUUAUCUUGUGAACGAUUCUCUGAAUGCUUUGUGGGAUCUAUGAGUAUUUUGUUUGAGUAUUUUCUUACUA